GUCUCCCCAUGCCCAUGUCGAAGCGCGAACGCCAUUUCGCAUAUGCCGUUAUUCAAAAAGACAUCCAGGAGAAUGCUGGACUUAUUCAAAAACAGAAGUUGGAAAAGCGGAGGGGCACGGACGGCUUCGUUGUUUUGCUCACUGUCACGGAUUACACACAAGUUCCAAGGAAAUUGUAUGUCAUCACGGACAAAGAGUUCCGCACUACUGAAACCGUAUCUGCUGAGGAGUGGAACACUGCUUUGGCGCUCGCGAAGGAAGCCGGAAGGGAUUUAAUUCUUUUGGAAAUUCCAGAAGGAACAAUGGCGCAACCGUUGCUGGAGACAUAUCUAUUUGAUUUCAACGGAGGUGUAAAGGGGUUAAAUUGGUGAUGCAU